ACAUAAUUUUUCUCUUCCAGAAGAUAUAUACAAAUUAAAUUUUUGGAAAGAAAUACGACAAAUCGAAGAAGAAAAUGGAUGCUGUUGCGGGACCGUCAGCUCCGCCUUGUCUACCACCUGGCGGAUUAUUUGAAAUUGUGUUCUCUUUUGAUACAACUGGGUCUAUGUCACGUGUUAUUGAUGAGGUAAAGGGCCGACUUCAAGACAUGAUACAGCGCCUCCAAGCGGACAUUCCUGGAAUAAGAUUUGGAGUCAUCGCUCAUGGUGACUACUGUGACAAGGAUGUAUUUUAUCUAGAGCAGCAUAUUGAUCUUACAACAAAUAUCGUAGAGCUCACAGACUUUGUGAAGAACAUUGAAGGGACAGGAGGUGGAGACCCAGAGGAAUGCUAUGAGUAUAUUCUUUGGCUUGCGAGGGGUUACAACUGGACAGCAGGGUCAAGAAAGGCUCUUGUUGUGAUUGGAGAUUCUGUUCCACAUGAAGCAGACUAUGAUUUAAACACCAAGAACCUGGACUGGAUAGAACAAACUAAUGAACUUGCAAAAGCGGGAGUCAAAAUCUAUGGUGUACAGGCAUUUGAAGAUGAUAAUUCAGCUGCUUUCUUUGAAAAAAUGGCAUCAACAACAGAUGGACAACAUCUAAAAUUGGGAGAUUUUUCUCAUAUCUGUGACUUCAUUAUGGCGAUUUGUUACCGGGAAAAGGGAGACGAAUUUUUAGAGGGUUAUGAAGCAGAAGUUCGCGCGAGAGAAGCACAAAAAGGUCUUCACAAAGAUCUUGAAGGGUUAUUUGGCGUGUUAAGACGAGGCGAUUCAUCCGCCUCAAACAGUGGAUCACACAAUCCCUUAACGCCAUUGCUUAGCAGAAUUUCAUCAUUGUCAACAAUGUCAAGCCGAUCGUCAAAUGCCGCUCCCAAAACUGCAGUUGUAAACCCUAUUAUAAAUGCUAAAAACAUACCGAAUACUACAACGAUACGCAAAGGCAAAAAUGCGGCAAAUAUUAAAAACAGACAAAAAGCAAAUUUGAAAGCCGUAGGUAAGCCAAAGAAAAGCAUGGCAAAAUCAGUCAUCACAGCAAAAUACCGCCAUCUUGUUUCAGACUCAAAGUUUAUUUUGAAAAAAAGAAAUUUGGAUACUCGUUGGUCAAAAUGGAACUUAGCUGUCAGUUCUGAAAAACCCAAGUGUGGAAAGAGUUGGGUUGAGAGAAAAAACAAAGUGGGAUAUCGCAAGAAAUAUUUAUUUCCAAAGAGCGAUUACAAUGGACGCUCGCUAUAUGAAAUUGCAGUGCAGCGAUCAAAGGGAUGUAAACUUUACGUUAUGCAGGCCAAAUGGUCUUCACUUAAACCUUUAGAAGAAAAAUGGGAGACGAAACUUUUUAGACAUCAGAAAGAUAUUGUAGAGAAAAUAUUGAGCAAUGGUGGGAAAAUAUUCAUCCGUAGGUUUGUUCCAAAAGGACUGGGAAUUAAACAAAAUGACUUAGUCAAAUCAUUCAAUAGAGACAAUUUGUAUAGGUAUGCAUGGACAUGUGGUUUAAUGAAACCAGGAAAGUUAUCGUGGGCAAUGCGAUAAAUGACGAUGUGAAUUCAUGAAUUAUCAUGAAUAUACAAAUCUAAUGUGUCAAGUCAGUUGGAUUUAUUGAUUUCUUGUUGGCUAUUAUAAAUUUCUAUAUAUAUUUAUCUUCUAUAUUGAUUUACUUGGUUUACUUAUUUACAAAGAACAUAUCUUGCCACUUUAUGAAUCAUGCUAUUGUCUUUUCAUCUUCAACACUUUGGACAUAUUCUGCAGACAUGUGUAUAGACUUUUUGCUGUUGUUAUUGUUGUUGUUUUUUGUUGUUCUUUUUCAUAAAAUGAUAUGAUAUUAUAAUGUACAUAAAAUUUGCAUUUUCAAUUGUUAUAAAGAAAUAAAAACAAAGAGAUAAA